AUGUUCAACUAUCAUGUAGGCAAAGCAUUCUUCCGGAUGCGUCUGGGGUUCACAGCACAAGCCCUAGACCCACAGGAUAAGUGGGACUUUGAAUACGCUGCACCAGCCGAGUAUGCUGCCGUUCCGAUCAUCAGGCAGAACCUGGGGCUAGUGAGGACUCCCUACAAUAAAAACAAAUUCGAGCCCGAAAAAGAAACGCUGGAUAAAGGGACAAACGAAGAGUAUUGUGCUCGUGCAGAGAGCGACCCGUACACCCACUACAUCCUGAAGACGGGCAAAUACAAAGGCAAGACUAUCAAGCAGAUUCAUGAACAGGUUUCGGAAAAGGGCAACUACCUCACAUGGAUGCUCACGAACGCCAAGGCAUGCAAGGACCUAGAUGAGGGCCAUAUCGUGCGAAGGGCGAUUGUACAUUGGGAUUCAGAGGCCAAGAAGACCGAACCAGCAGUUACGCCCUCCAAAGCGCCCUCAGCAAGGAGUGGACCAGCAGCUACAUCUGCUGCCCCUGGCUCUCCUGCUGCUCGUUUCCGCGACUCCCAAGGCAAAAAGAAGUGGAUCGACGGCAUGGACAUCAUCGGUCUCUUCCACAUGACGGAAUCCCAGCUCACCCGCGCCGGCGUGAAGGCGAAUCCCAAGAAGAUAGAAGAUGAUGAAGAUCCGUUUUAUCCCGUGAAUUGGCGAUACAAAUCGUACGACCUUCAAAAGGUCUACAAUGCAGCUGUUCGCUCGCCCAACUGCCCCAGGGACGAGACGCUAGACCAAGCACUCGAGCGCUAUCUUGAGAAAGUGCGCAAAUGCGGUCGUGGAUGA